AUGGACAGACCAGAGAUGAAAGGACGAGAUGAUUUCUUGGAAGGAGAGGACCAGGAGGAAGAGAAAGAGAUGGAACUUGCUAAGGUCAAUCUGGAGGAGGCCGGUGUGUUCCAGGACCAAGUGUUCGACAAUAAGAACGUGCAGAAGCAUGUUGAGGAGGUGGACGAUGAGGACCUCAUGGAAGGUAUGGAGGCAACCGACCCAGGGGCCGCCGGUCAACUGACGGGGCCAAGUGUGGCGCCCCGUCAGGAGCAAUGA